UAGAAAGUGAAAGAAGAAGAACUUGUUUAAUUCAAAGGGACGUACAAUAGCACAGUGGCCUACAUGCGAAUGAAAAUCACUGCUGGUGAGACAAAAUAACUUACUGUAUAAGAACUGGAGGUCAGGCAGGCACUAAGAUGUAGCACCCAGAGGUCACCUUGAGGGAUGGAGUUUUUGAAGCAUAUAUCUGAGGAAUCUCUGAAAGAUUGGUUCAGGAUCGGACAAGGAGGUUUCGGGAUGAUCUACAGAGCACGGCACACUGAAUGGAAUUUUGAUGUAGCUGUUAAGAAACUAAAAGGGGAUGUGUCUUGGGGGCUGGCGGAACUUCUGUCUGAGGCCAAAAAGAUGGCUAUUGCCUCUCCAAGUCCUUAUGUGAUCACCAUGUAUGGGAUUGUCAAAGAAAUAGACAAAGGGAAUAUGUGUCGAGGUAUUGUGAUGGAGUACAUGGAGAAUGGAUGUCUAGAUACACUCAUUUCCUGUUACAGACCCAUUCCAUGGGCUCUGAAAUUCCGUAUCAUUCAUCAGGUGGCACUGGGUAUGAAUUGGCUGCACUCCCUCCAUCCGCCACUUUUACACCUGGACCUCAAAGCAAAGAAUGUCCUUCUAACUACAGAGAUGCAUGUGAAGAUUACAGACUUUGGACUAUCCAAGUUUAUUCGAGGCACCUCUACUUGUGGGUCAGAAUUAGAAUAUGAUGGAGGAACCGCAGAGUAUAUGCCACCUGAGGCGUUUCAGGCAAAUUACAAACCAAGCACAUCAACCGAUAUCUAUAGCUUUGCCAUCUUAACUACCGUGGUACUAACAGAAGAGGAGCCAUAUCCAAUUUCAAAUUCUACACUGAUACGACAACGUGUCUGUCAAGGGGACAGGCCCUGUCUCUUAUCGCUGGAGAAAGAGCAUUCUGUGCCAUGUCUUACAGAGGCAAUUGAGUUUACCAAAUGCUGCUGGCAACACAUCCCAUCCAAGAGACCUUCCUUUACAGAAUGCUGUAAUAAUUGGGAGAAAUUUUACUUAGCACACAAAAACAAGAUCAUUGAUUCAGUAAGACAAGUACAAGAUAACAUGAUGAAAUCCACGACAGAUUCUCCAUCCGUUCAGAACACAACUUUGACCACCAGCACUGAUAUGUCAGAAGCAAUCAGAAAAUUCAAGACAAUGCACUUCACAGAAGAGAUGCCACCUGCACAAAUGGCACAGCCUAGAAACAACAGACCAGUGAUGACAAGAGAACAUCAAACUCAACAUCAAACCCAAUUUCAGAAUUAUUCUCACCCCCACUCAUCCAAAUUUCCAACACGGGGAACGGCAACAGAACAAAAAUGUCAUCCUUCUUUUCCCGGACCAGUCUACCACCCUCGAUAUCCAUUCUACCCAGGAGGCUACUAUGUAACACCGUAUUUCAACCCUCCAUACUAUAACCCUGGCCCUAAUAUUACUAUUCAAAAUGCCACAGGAGUGCAAAUUGGAAACAACAACUUUAUGAUUUCAAACCAUGGUGCAAGCAGGGGAGAAUCAUUUAGAUACACAUCAUGCACUAAUCCAAGCCCACAGCAAGCACGGUCUGGCCAUGUUUCUUACCAGCAGACAAACAUAAGGAAGCCAUUUCCAAUAUCCGAGACCCAACAGGUUACCAUAACACGGGCUGUACAGCCUCAGGACACUUAUGAAAAUGAGAAAAAAAGUCAGCAAAACUCAAAUGAUUCUCAAAAGCCAAAUCCCACCGAAUCAGGUCACUGAAACAGAGAUUCUACAUGGCUUUGACCAUGUUCCUUUUCCAGCAAGCACUACAAACUAAUGAAGUAUUUGCCAAAGCAACGUCUUAGCCAGACAGUGCUGUGUAAAGCCACGCUUGAGCUGAAGGCAAUAGCAGUUUAUAACUUUAUUUGACUAUAAAGCUUUUCUUUAAUGUUUGUAUUUUGCUGUAAUUCAGGUCAAAGAAAAUUCAGGAUAGCAAAUGCAAAAAAUAAAUCUGCCCCAUAAUGUUGUGUAAUACAUCCAUUUGAAGGUGUUUGCUCUGAUCUCAUAUACACCACUGGGUUUAAAUGGGGGCUUUUGAAUAAUAAUUGUAUUUUUCUCAAACCAAGAAAGUAAAACAAUUUUUUUCCUUUUAUAAUCAUGAUCCCUUUUAUUUCAUAUGUGCCAUUUACCAUUUUUUUACAUAAAUGUUGGCAAAAUGUGGGUUAUUUGAAAAAUGUUGAAUGCACACACAUCAUAUACAGUAAAUCAGAGCCUAUAUCAGAUUUAAAGCCAGUACAGUAUGCAAUGGUUGUAGAUGGCCCUGAUCCUAUGUAAUACAAUGUUCACUUGGACCUGCAGAGAAGUCUGCAUUUUGCUCAGGUUUUGGAGUUUAUGAGAAAAACAUUUUUUUGCCAAUAAAGGAACUCCAUUUGUUAAUA